AAAAGUUGAUCUGAUGGUGUAAGAAACAUGGUAUAGAAAUACAACUUUUCAAUCCAUGGAUAAGAUGAAUAAAUUAAGAUUUUGUGUUUUGAAGUCGGCCGUCAGUACUGUUACCUUUUUGUUUUUCUGAGCACCGUCAACUUGGUUCUCACCACACAAAUGCAACUGGCUUUUCAGUUUCACACCUUCACCCAUUGACCAUCUGUUUCAACUCCUCAGAUCUUUUUUUUUUCUUCAGACAUUCGUGUAUAAGUUAGUUCUUCAUUUCUUCCAUUGUUUUACGAUUCUUGCUGGCUGCCACGACCAGUUCGGUAAAGUUUUAAGCGUAAAUAUGGCAAAUAAUAGAGACCAGGGUAACGCCGGCGAAGCGAGAAACUAUCAUUCGUUGUCAAUGCCGAUGAUGUUUUCGGGAUUGGAUAGGGAGAGGGAGAUGUCGGCCAUGAUCUCUGCUUUGACUCAAGUUGUCAGCGGAGAGGAACAUGAUCAUGAUCAUGAUCACGAUGACUCGCUUCUUCAUCAAAACAUUGAUACAAGUGCAAUUGGAGGUGGUGGUGUUGAUGGUUUUACCAUAACAUCAAACAUGGAUUCUGGUUCCAUCGGACCAUCUUCUGCAUGUUCAUCUUAUUGUGGGAACUCUGUUCCAAAGAGAAGGAGGGAAGGUGACGAUACGAGUGAUCUCCCACGUGGAAUUUCUUUCCCUGCUAUUUCAACAUAUGGAGUUGGGGAAAGUUCAAGAAGGAUGAGAAGAGGGGAGAAUAAGGUAUACGAUUACGAGUACAGGGCAGAGAAGGUGGGAAUGGAAGAGGAACCAAAAAGGAAAUACAGAGGAGUGAGGCAGAGGCCAUGGGGGAAAUGGGCUGCGGAAAUAAGGGACCCAUUCAAGGCUACCAGAGUGUGGUUAGGAACAUUCGAGACCGCUGAGGAUGCAGCCAGAGCCUACGAUCAAGCUUCCUUACGUUUCAGAGGCAAUAAAGCCAAACUCAACUUCCCCGAAAAUGUCAGGCUCAGACACCAAUCACCGGAACCACCACCAGCCGCACCCCUUUUCUCCAUUGCGUCUACAACUGAACCCAUUGUUCACACUCAGCCUCAAGGUUCACAUGAUUCCGGCAACUUUUACGAAUAUUGUUAUUCGCAUGUACAUGAGUUUCCCGUGAGCCUCUAUGACCAAGUUGCCGUCUCAUCAUCAUUGCCGGCUUCUCAACUUCAAUCUUCACCAUCCUAUUCUUCUUCCUCAACUAUCACUUCUUCCCAACCAUCUCUACUUUCCCCUCAUGCUACGCAUCUAUCCCCAUGGUCUUCUUCUGCCCCUCAUUACACUAAUACCUCCCAUCCUUCCUCCUCCUAGCUAUAUACUCUUUAUUCAUUUCUUCAGGACGUUAAUUACCAACAAUUUCACUUGUGGGAUAUCCCUUUCCAACAAUAUUUCAUUUAACACGUGUGUUCAAUUUUUAAACUUAUUUUAAAUAAAUUUGACGUCAAUUGUUUGAAAUUGUCUAUCUAAAAAUAAACGACAUAAUAAACGUCGUUUGAACGCCGUUCAAACUUCACCUUUUUGAUGUACAAAUUUGGAAAAGGAUAUUAUCAAAAUUGAUAAACAAUGCAUUCCCAACGUAAAAAGCAGAACGCAUCUUACGGAGGUUUCACCCUCCUCACACGAAACCAUUGUCUCACUCUGUAUAACAAAUAAAAAUAUUGCGCCACCACGUUGACAUUAUAUUAGCGAUGCCGGGGCAACUUCAGAACAAGAAAAAUACAAAUGGUUAAACCUCAACUUG